UUUACAAUAAUCUAAAAGUGCAUGAACAGUUUUUGAAAAAACAUCUGUGGUGCUUGGAACGAUAAAAUACUUAACAUUAUGAAAGAACAACGAUAAAAAUACUUAAUUGUAGUCGACUGAUUGUUUGUAUGUUUUAAUUAAUACACAAUUUAAAAAAAAAUGUACACUUUUAAAUUGAGUCUAAUUUAAUCGCGGUUUUAUUUGUUAUAUUUGUGUGACAUAUGAAUUUUCUCUAAAAAAUUAUAAUUUAGAAAAUUCGAUUCAUUUGUUUUAUUCGGAUUCAAAAAUUAUGGCGCCAAAAAAUGAUAUCAAUUUAGAUAGUAUUUUACAUGAAUUGGGUGAAUUUGGAAAAUUUCAGCGGAUUAAUUUCUUUUUAAUAUGUAUACCGGUUACAUUGGCUGCUGUUUCAGCAUUUUCGUAUGCUUUUGCGGCUGGUCCAUCAGAUUACAGAUGUCGAAUACCUGAAUGUGAUAGUAACAACACAAAUGAAAUCGAAUACACUCCAUUAUGGAUCUCGAAUGCCGUGCCAGUAAAAAAUAAUAAACCAUCAUUUUGUAAGCGAUAUAAACCAAAUAUAAAUGAUACAGAAAAUGUAAUAUUGGAAAAUGAAUGUCCGUCGAUAUUAUUUACAAAGAAAGAAAUUACUUGUAAUACCAGCGAAUUAGUUUUCCCCAAUAAACAUACAACUAUUGCAAAUGAUUUCGAUAUAUAUUGUGAAGAAAAUCAAUGGCGUUUGACAAUUGUUGGGACAUUAAAUGGCUUUGGACAAUUUCUGUGUUUACCAUUUACUGGAAUGAUAUCUGAUCGAUAUGGCCGUAAAACAGUAUUGAUGGGGUCGAUUCUCUUAAGUACCAUUGUUGGAAUAGGUCGUUCAUUUUCAACCAACAUCAAUCAGUACAUGAUUUUGGAGAUAUUAGAUACGUCACUAGGAGCAGGAGCUUUUAGUACUGGAUUUAUUCUAGGCAUGGAAUUAGUUGGACCUUCCUACCGGGUGUUAGCAUGUGCGAUAUUAAGUAUAUGCUUUGCACUUGGUGAAAUUUUAUUAGGCGUUGCUGCCUGGUACAUAUAUUCAUGGCGAACAUUUUUACGUGUCGUGUAUGCACCUGGUUUUAUAUUAAUAUUUUAUUAUUGGUUGAUACCAGAAUCAUUACGAUGGUUGAUAUCAAAAAAUCGUAUAUCGAAAGUACAACAUGUUUUAAAGCGAAUGUCAAAAAUAAAUAAUAAACAUUUGAGUGAUAAAAGUCUGGAAGUACUCUUAAAUGCUGAAGAUAAAACAGAAGAAAGUGAACCAAUAAAAACAGUAAAUGUUUGGGCAGCAUUGAAAAAUAGAACACUACUUUUUCGAUUUAUAAAUUGUUCAGUCGCAUGGAUUGUCAGUAACUUAACUUAUUAUGGGUUAUCUCUGAAUUCGGUUGCUAUAUCGGGCAACAAAUAUAUUAAUUUCAUAAGUGUAGCUGCAGCAGAGAUUCCUGCAUAUAUUUUGACAACAGCAUUGUUAGAUCGACUUGGACGACGAAUAACUUUAUGUGGGUCAUUCUUUAUUGCUGGCGUGGCGUGUUUAUCAUUUGUCGUUAUUCCAAAAGGUGGAUACUUACAAAUAAUUUUUAUUAUUAUUGGAAAAUGCGCAGCAACUACAGCGUUUACCGCAGUGUAUAUUUUUACAACAGAAUUGUUCCCAACGUGUGUGCGCCAUUCUGUUUUAGGCUAUUGUUCCAUGUUAAGUAAAUUUGCUGGUACAUUAGCACCACAUACUCCAUUACUCGCAUUAAUUUGGGGUCCGAUGCCAUUAGUAAUAUUUGGUUCAAUUGGAUUAAUAGCUGGUUUUUCGGCAUUAUUUUUCCCAGAAACUUUAAAUACAAAAUUACCAAAUACAAUUGAAGAAUCAGUGAAUUUAAGUAAAAGACGACGAAGGCAACAAGCGACAGGUUAAAUACUUGACAAUGAGAAAACUCAGCACAAAUAUAAUUAUAUAAAACUGUGAUUACUUAUACAUACAAUCUAAUGUUAAUAAUUCGUACAUAAACAUAUUAUUUGAACAAUAAAAUUCAUUCGUUUUUA